AAUGGGCACUGUGCCUUGAGAUUUGGAUGAAUUUUUAACCACUGAUCAAUAAAACGAGUGCAACACUAAACAACAUGUUUCUUAUUCCUUUAAAUCCUAAUGAUUUCAGAGAGAAUAACGGACUCAAUAAAUAAAGACUUAAUCAUCAGAUUUAAAAACAAGAUUCAUCUGGUGGUGUUUUUCUUAUUAUCCAUAUCAAAGAGUAAUAUAUUCACAAAAUAAAGCUUUGACUUAAACUGGCUUUCUUUGAGGCAACAAAACAAAUCUUCCAUUUCCUGACCCCUCCAUGGCUUGUUUUGUCUGUCCAGGAGUGCAUGAUGUUAGCGUGAUGCUCUGCCAGCAUGUGCCAUGUUUGGCUUGUCCACCCUGCACGUCCUGCGUGUUGUACUGUCGCUGGCAUGCUUUAAGUAUAUCAGAGAAUGGAUGCAUAUUUUUUUUAUUGUUCAAGUGCACUUUUAUUUGAAUCCCACUGUACAUGUUUGAUUAACCGUUUGCAGAUGGGCAUACUUAUCUUUGGUAUUGAAAUUAAACUAAAUACUAAACAAAUGCUUUUCAGUGAAUUAUCAAUUAAGUCAAAACACAUUUUAAAAACUGAUAAUUCACUAGAAAGUAAAAUUAACUGGUAUUACUGAUGUUCAGUUUCAGAUGUCAAACUGAACUAAAAAAAAUGUAAUGGUGCUUUAGAUGGCCUCUGACUAUUCUUCAGUAAGACUCCAUUGCAUCUUGAGCAUGGCAUCAUCCCUGCCUCCUCAAGAUGCAUUGGAAGACACAUUUAGGCAAAAGAAAUUGUGCUGAUCCUACUUUAUCUAGUAGUAUCCUAUAUGCAUUGAUACAUCACAAUUUACGUUUUAAAAGGAGGGGCGUGGUUUUAUCAACGUAUUCACCAUCCAUAUCUAUCAUUAAUCAUUUCCUUCAAUAUAUUACAUUGAAAUUAUGUUUUCAGCAACAGCUGGCGUCUUCUGACUAUCUCCAGGAAUGUAGAAAGCCUCAUAUUAACCCAUCCCUCAGGACCAAUGGCCAAAACUGGGCCAUGAUCCCAGGUUUCAGCUGGGUGGCAAACAAAGAGUCUCAGCAGCAAAGACCUCAACCGUUCCCAGCCAGCAACCGCCUGCGUGGUUGCUGCCCCGAUGCAGUGAAGGACGCAGAGGAACUUGGACCUAAGGAGGAUGGUACAGGCCAGCUGCCAGAGAGUGAUGCUGUACCACGAUGGCUUCGCCAUCACAGAGGUGAAACCCGAGAGGGGAGGAAGUCUCAGCAUCACAGAGCUCUUAAUGCGGGGUCUGGUCUCCAAGAAGACCCCAUCCCCAACACAAAGACCUCCUCCAUCACAGGGCAUCUGAAGUCUUCUUUGGUGACAGAGAAGACCCUUCCUAAGGAAUCAUUUGUCUCCCAAGUGCCUUUAAGAUUACAGAUCAAAGUGUCAAGCCAGAGCGGUAGUUUGGGAAUCAGCAUUGCUGGUGGGAAGGGUUCUCUGCCUUACAAGGACCAUGAUGAGGUGAGUUCUCGUAAAGAAGAGCUAGCAGUGCUCUUUUUCCAGGCUAACAUGUCUAUUUCCUUUCAGGGAAUUUUUAUUUCCAGAGUAAAUAAAGAGGGAGCAUCAGGAAAGGCAGGGGUCCAUGUUGGAGACAGAUUGCUGGAGGUCAAUGGCCUCAACAUGCAGGCGGCGACCCACCACGAGGCGGUCAACGCCCUCAGGAAUGCCGGCAGCUGCAUCAAGAUUAAAGUACUAAGAGAAAAGCUGCCACCUCGAGGGGUAUGUGACCCGGAUGAACAUCAGGAUCCUCGGGAAGUGACAGGGCGACAGUCGUGGACCCAGGUUGGCGGAGACCAAAGAAGCAAACAACCCAACACGGAGAGCGUGGAAGAUAGUUUGUCCAAGAAGAUUGAGGCGGUUGUUUGCAACGGCAGCAGCAUUUCUGAUUUGAUAAAAAAUGAGUCACUUCAAGGGGGAAAACACACAAUAACAAUCCCGCGGAUCAUCCUCACUCAUCCCUCUAUCUCAGAUGAAGACGUGGAGCUAUGGACACAGACCCCCAGCAGAGAGCCAUUACAUGACUUUGACAUCCCUGACAGACAGGUACAGUGUUCCGACAGUGCUUUCUACCCACCUUGACCGCAGCGUCAGGGCACAUACAUGAAGGACACAGACUGUUAUUACCCAGCUCUUUGUGGUGGAUUAGUGUAAAACAAACUGUUUGAAUGUGUUUUUUAAGCUUUUUGUCUGUCAGAGAUUGCUGCUAAUAAUAGGUAAUUUGGUGAUGUUAAAGUCAUUUGCAACUUUAAGACUUUAUUUUUAUUACUUAAACCAAAGUUUUGCCUGUGCAACUUUAAAGAUACAGACUGCUCUCUCAUGUCCACAUGAAUUAUAUGUCAUCAUUUUAAAUACAGUCAAUUAAACAAUGAA